GGGCAUCAGUCACAUGAUUUGGAGAGAUUGACGGGGCUUGUGUUUCCUAAUAUAGACACAGUAAUCAUGCCUGCCACUCAGCAGUCUCCUCAGGAUGAGCAGGAAAAGCUCCUGGAUGAAGCAAUUCAGGCUGUGAAGGUCCAGUCCUUUCAGAUGAAGCGCUGCCUGGACAAGAACAAGCUUAUGGAUGCUCUGAAACAUGCCUCAAACAUGCUUGGAGAGCUGAGGACUUCCAUGCUAUCACCAAAGAGUUAUUACGAACUCUACAUGGCCAUUUCUGAUGAACUGCAUUACCUGGAGGUAUACUUGACUGACGAGUUUGCUAAAGGCAGAAAGGUGGCAGAUCUCUACGAACUAGUUCAGUAUGCUGGAAACAUCAUACCAAGGCUUUACUUGCUGAUCACUGUGGGUGUGGUGUACGUGAAGUCGUUUCCACAGUCUCGGAGGGAUAUCCUGAAGGACCUGGUGGAAAUGUGCCGAGGAGUGCAGCAUCCCCUUCGAGGCCUCUUCCUCAGAAACUACCUUCUGCAGUGCACCAGAAACAUCCUGCCGGACGAAGGAGAACAGCCAGAAGAGGAGACUACUGGAGACAUUAACGACUCGAUGGACUUUGUGCUGCUGAACUUUGCGGAGAUGAACAAGCUGUGGGUUCGAAUGCAGCAUCAGGGUCACAGCAGAGACCGGGAGAAGAGGGAGCGAGAGCGUCAGGAGCUGAGGAUUCUUGUCGGGACCAACCUUGUCCGUCUGAGCCAGUUAGAGGGAGUUAAUGUGGAGAAAUACAAACAGAUUGUGCUGUCUGGCAUCUUGGAGCAAGUGGUAAAUUGCAGAGAUGCCCUUGCUCAAGAAUACCUCAUGGAAUGUAUUAUUCAGGUCUUUCCUGAUGAGUUUCAUCUUCAGACCCUCAAUCCUUUCCUGAGGUCCUGUGCUGAGCUGCACCAACAUGUGAAUGUCAAAAAUAUCAUCAUUGCUCUGAUUGACAGGCUUGCAUUGUUUGCUCAUCGAGAGGAUGGCCCUGGAAUUCCAGUUGACAUUAAACUGUUUGAUAUUUUCUCACAACAAGUAGCUACUGUUAUCCAGUCAAGACAGGACAUGCCAUCAGAGGAUGUGGUUUCAUUGCAAGUGUCCCUCAUCAAUCUGGCUAUGAAGUGCUAUCCUGACCGGGUGGACUACGUUGACAAAGUUCUGGAGACAACUGUGGAAAUCUUUAACAAACUAAACCUUGAACAUAUUGCAACCAGCAGUGCAGUAUCAAGAGAGCUGACCAGACUGCUAAAGAUCCCCGUCGACACCUACAACAACAUUGUGACGGUUCUGAAACUGAAACACUUCCAUCCUUUGUUUGAGUACUUCGACUACGAGUCUCGAAAGAACAUGAGUUGCUACAUCCUGAGCAAUGCUCUAGAUUAUAACACAGAGAUUAUCGCACAGGAGCAGGUGGAUGCCAUCUUGAGCCUAGUGUCGACCCUGAUCCAGGACCAGCCAGACCAACCCACGGAGGACCCUGAUCCAGAAGACUUUGCGGAGGAGCAGAGUCUCGUGGGCAGGUUCAUUCACCUGCUUCACUCAGAGGACCCCGACCAGCAGUAUUUGAUCCUAAACACAUCGAGGAAGCACUUUGGUGCGGGUGGGAACCAGAGGAUUCGAUACACACUACCCCCUUUGAUAUUUGCGGCAUAUCGGCUUGCUUUCCGGUAUAAAGAGAGCUCAAAAGUGGAUGACAAGUGGGAAAAGAAGUGCCAGAAGAUCUUCUCGUUCGCCCACCAGACCAUCAGUGCUCUUAUCAAAGCAGAGCUGGCCGAGCUACCUCUCCGGGUCUUUCUGCAGGGGGCGCUGGCAGCCGGAGAGAUUGGCUUUGAGAAUCAUGAGACGGUGGCGUAUGAGUUCAUGUCGCAGGCAUUUUCUCUUUAUGAGGAUGAAAUCAGUGAUUCUAAGGCCCAGCUGGCAGCAAUCACACUGAUAAUUGGAACAUUUGAGAGGAUGAAAUGUUUCAGCGAAGAGAACCAUGAACCUUUAAGGACACAGUGUGCACUGGCUGCUUCAAAACUCCUUAAGAAGCCUGAUCAGUGCCGUGCUGUCAGCAUCUGUGCACAUCUCUUCUGGUCUGGUCGAAACACCGACAAGAACGGGGAAGAGAUUCAUGAUGGAAAGAGAGUGAUGGAGUGCUUGAAGAAAGCUCUGAAGAUUGCCAACCAGUGCAUGGACCCAUCAUUGCAAGUCCAGCUCUUCAUUGAAAUCCUAAACAGAUACGUCUACUUUUAUGAAAAAGAAAAUGAUGUGGUGACAGUACAAGUCUUAAACCAGCUCAUUCAGAAGAUAAGAGAAGAUAUUCCAAACCUAGAAGCCAGCGAAGAAGCCGAGCAAAUUAACAAACACUUUCACAACACACUGGAGCAUUUGCGCCUGCGGAAAGAGUCCCCUGAGGCCGAUGGACCGAUCUACGAAGGUCUUGUCUUGUAAAACGGGAUGUAAAGAAAUGCACGUGGCACAAAUUAAACUAUUCCAUCCAGUGGUUCCCUGUCCCCAGCCGCCAUGUCUUCACCAACUUUGCCAUUCUAGAAUUAGAUUUUUAUAGAGCGUGCCUUUAAAAGGUGCCAGGAAUAUAAGGUUACUACGUUACUUAUUCAGGCCUAGCAUUUUUUUGCACAUAAGCAUUCCUUGAUGAAAACAAGAAUUAGUGUUGAGUUAAUAUCAGGCCCCUAAUGACCAAUUAAUUCUGGGUUCUUAUUCUAAUCUGGCAUGGUUAAUGGAUUUUUGUUUUUGUCCAUGCAGCUCAUCUCAAUUAGUAAUAUUAUGAUCUCCUAAUGACUCCUUUUUGCAUUCUGUGUUGCUUCUGUAUGUCCUAUGUGUAAUGUACUUUUGUGUUCUAGGGUGGCAAAAAAAUAUGCUUUGUUUGUUUUGUAGAACACCUGCUGCUUCAGAAUAGUACAGUUAUUGGGACAAUUUAUUUAUUUGUUUUGUUGUGAUUUGUGGGAUUCUGCCUGCAUUAUUCAUUUAAUGCAAACUACUUUUAUGUUCUGUAUUGUCCAAAUUAAAAUACAUUAAUGCAUGUAUGCAUAAUUUACACCUGGUUCGAAACAUAUUUUGGCUGUAAAACAGAUGUGUGUAUGGUCCACUUAGAACUGGAGUGAAUGUGCCAGCUAUAACUUUACUGUAUAUUCAUAGAUAAGGUCUAUUUUGGUCCUAAAAAAAUAUAUGCUUGUUUUUGCAUUGUUUUUUUUUUAAUCUAUGUAGUUUAUGAACCUUCAUUGUAAAUCAGUAAAAUCCACCACCAGUAUCCCAUUAUAUGCACAAAUAAACAAAUUGCAAUGAA